AUGCAGCAGAUGGGAGUGCCAUAUAUGAAAAUAUUCAGAAAGCACCUACAAGACCUGCACCUUUAUUUUAGGAAUAGUGCAAACCGCACCAGCGCUCUAAAAGCAGCUGCAAGUGUGCUUGGAGUAGAAGACCUGAAAGUCACAGAGGUUAAGGACACUAGGUGGCUAUCACAAGAGAAGGCCAUUUCAAAUCUUCAAAGAAAUCUACCUGCAGUGCUUGCUACACUAGCUGAGGAGGCAGAAUUAAAAAAGGACCCUGUGGCACGGGGGUUGUACACCUACUGUGCAACUUACAGAUUCGUUGCAGCUGUCCACCUGCAAUCGGACAUCCUGCCCUACCUGGCGCAGCUUUCAAAAUUGUUCCAGAAGGAAGAUAUCAAUUUCAUGGCAAUCAAGAACCAUGUUCCUGUUACCAUUGAGACAUUGAGAAUAAUUAAAGCAGCAGGUGAACGGCAACCCGAGGGCUCCUUUCUAGCUCAGGUUGAAGAGAAGGUGGCCAAUCUGAACAUCAGUGCCGAAGAAGACAGGGUGAGGCGUGGGACAGCUCUUCCCACCGACACCUUAUGGGCACGUUUUCAGACACAAGUCAUGGAGCCUUACAUUGACGGACUCAUUGAGCACCUGGAGCUGAGGUUCCAGCAGCUUGGGAUUCUUGGUGCCUUUAGUUCCCUGGGACCACAAGGACCACAAGCUGAUGAGAGUCGUGCCAUCUCAGAUCUACAACUGCUGGCCAAGCAGUUCCCUCCCAUCAGUGAGAUGGCACUUCUCCAAGAGUGGCAGAGCUACAAAGUCCUAAUAACAACCGGAAUACUGAAAGACAAGUCCCAGCUGGAGAUCAUGACGGCAAUGGCAUCUGGGUAUGAUGAGCUCCAUCUACUCUACCCAAACCUGUCCCUCCUCUCUGCAAUCGCCCUAACAAUACCAGUCUCCAGUGUGAAUUGUGAGAGGGAUUUCUCGGCGAUGAAUAGGCACUGCCCCAAGCACGUGGUAGCACCAUGGUAUGUAGACUUUGGUCUCAACUGGGACCAGGUGUCCUCAGCCAUUCGACUUAGAGUGGAAAAAGAAGAAAGACCAUUGCAAGACCAGAGAAAGGCCUUCGUGGUCGUGCUCGUGGACCAAAUGAUGCAGCACGACCGCAACCCAUCCAGAGCCAUGUGCCACAGCGUUGUGAGAAACGUUGUCAGGUGUAUGAGGUGGGGCCCAGCAGAUUUGCCAGAGGGGGAGACCGAGGCAACGUUGGAGAAUAGGAAGAGGGAUCUGCUCAACAUCUACUCAGGUGACAUGAUGAAGCCCUCUGGAUGGCUUAUAUCCAUCGAGGGACAUGUCGUAAUGGGCCCACACCCUUUGUUUUUACACAGAGUAGCUGCUUUCUUCAGCAGCUAUUACGUCUUCAACCUUGAGUAUCCUGCCGCUGGAUCGUCGACGCUGGAGUCCAUUCAAAGAAUGUUUGAGACUGAGAGGAGCGCCUGA